AUGCCAGCACCGCUUGCCAAAGGAAUCAUAAUCAGUGUCUCUGUUCUCAUAGCAGCCGGAAUCGCCGUUUACGAGUCACCUCAGUUUAAACAAUGGGUAAAUACAUCGCGACGCAAGAUCGCUGUUGCCUUGCACAACCUCGGCGAUGAGAUCCAACCUCGAGAGAUACCAUUGAGAGAAGACAUUUCUAUGACCGAGGAGGCUGGCGAAGUUGCUGAAGAGCGCAGGCGUAUCGCUCGUGCGGAGAUCAUGCGACGAGGAACACUCCUCGAAUCACGCCGGAAGACCAACCGACCUGACCAACCUCAUAACAGCUUCGAUGCUCUUGUCGAUAAGGAUGGCAACCUACUCAAAGAUACAGAUGCCAAAUACGAUGCCCAAUUGAGCCAAGAGAAUAUUGCUAACUCGACUGGAAUUGACCUGGGCUCGGGACCUCUUCGCCGAGGUGGCAACCACAGCGAGGCCGAGUCUUCGACUACUGUCGGCAUAGAUCGGCUGCACGUUGGGAUCCCGUCGUCUGCCUCGUCGAAUCACCCUUCUGAAUCUUUACUUCAACUCACACCUACCAGCGAAGCAUCUGAAGGGCACAGUCUCUGUGACCCAUUGUCCCCGAACUCUCCUCCGUCCACGUCUGGUUCAAGCCACACAGAAGACCACCAGGUAUUUUAUGCGCAUCCCGAUGCUGCGGGUAAUGCAACCGGUGAAGGUGAUCACCAGUCUCAGACGAAUGGUUCUUUUGAUUGGGAUUUCUAUGAAGAAUCUCGUCCUCUUUCUUCUACCAGUGGGAGUGGGAGCCUUAUUGGAGGUUCUGAUGCGGGCAAAACCGACGUCACCCUAAGUGACUUUGAUGGCCGCACUGACGGUGGUGUGCCUACUCCAGCCAACUGGUCGGAAAUUGGGAGCGUCGUUAGCGACGAGGAUGCUGGUCAUAUUUAG